AUGGCGAGCUAUAGCACGUGCUUCGAAGUGGGCCCUCGAUGCCCGGUUGAAGCCACAACGUACGGUUAUUACCCCAACUUUGGCGGAAAUGUCUUUUUCACGGUCUUCUUUGGCGUACUGGGGAUAUGCCAAGCAGGUCUGGGAAUCUACUACCGAACAUGGACCUUUUUGACAGCUCUUCUCAUCGGUACCCUCAUGGAAAUGGCAGGGUAUAUUGGCCGAGUCCUCAUGAACGAUAAUCCGUGGUCCAGUUCUGCAUUCAAGCUUCAAAUCGUGUGUCUGGUGCUCGCACCAACCUUCAUUGCAGCCGGUAUUUACCUUACAUUGAAGCAUAUCAUUCUGAACCUGGGAGCCGAGCACUCACUCUUAAAGCCACGUCUGUUUACCUGGAUCUUCAUCGGUUGCGAUGUUGGUUCUCUCAUCUUGCAGGCAGCCGGAGGUGGUGUCGCUGCAGCUGCUGGCAAGGCAGAUGUGAAAAUGCUCAAGGCAGGAAACAACAUUAUCCUCACUGGUAUCGCCUUCCAGGUUGCGACUAUGGGUGUAUGUGGAUUAUUUGCCGCCACUUUCUUCUGGAAAGUCUUCCGGAGCGGUGAUGGAUUCUCAGGCGAGAAGAAUCUCGACACUAGCGUUUCGCCAAUGGUAUCCAAAUGGAUGCCAUACCUCAUCUGUGCUGAAGUCUUUGCUUAUAUUACUGUGUUGAUUCGGUGCAUCUAUCGUAUCCCGGAGAUGGCAGGCGGUUGGGGAAACCCACUGAUGCAGGAGGAGAAUGAAUUCCUGAUUUUAGAUGGAAUGAUGCUUGCUCUGGCCUGUCUGACCUUCACGAUCUUCCAUCCUGGAAUCUUCCUCCCCUCGAUGCGCUCGGCGCCCAAAAGCCGCCCAUAA